UUUAUGUAAAUCAUUACAAUCAGUAACAUGUGAUUUAAGUGAAGCAGUGACAUUUGUCGAAACUGUUUUGAAUGAAGUUGAAGACAUGCGAAUCAAUAUAAACCAAACAUUUAAAGAAAUAUUUGAAAAGGCAACAAAUAUGUUAAAGUUGAUAGACGGAGAGGAUCAGAUAAAAAUGCCAAGACUAGUUGGACGUAAAAAAAAUAGAAAUAACGUUAAUGUUAACUCUACAGAAGAAUAUUUCCGUAUAGCUAUUGCUAUUCCUUUUUAUGACGAUUUUAUUCAACAACUAAAAGAUAGAUUUUCAAAACACAAAACAGUUUUGUCUUCUUUAUAUUUAUUAAUACCAAAAAUGUGUUAUAAAGCUGCAAUAUCAGCCUCAGAUUUUAAUUUAUAUUCUGACUAUAUAGAUAUGGAUUUAUUACAAACAGAAAUUAAACUAUGGAAUAGGAAAUGGAUCUCACAUUCUCAGGACGAUCGUCCUAGUACAGCCGUUGAAGCAUUAAACAAUUGUAAUUCUGAUUUGUUUCCGUGUAUAUACUUUUUAUUAAAAGUUUUAGCUGCAUUACCAGUUUCAACUUCAACACCCGAGAGAACAUUCUCAACGCUGAAACGGACGAAAACAUUUUUGCGAAACGCUAUUGGACAAAACCGUUUAUUAGUUUUUUACCUAGCAUUAUUAAGUGUUCAUAGAAAUAUUAAAGUGGAUCCCGAAGACGUCCUGAAUAAAUUUGCACUUCAAAAAGAUAGAGCUAUUUUACUAAUAUAA